CGUCCGCUGACGUCAUAGAGCGUCGGUCGGCGCUUGCUCCACAAGCGUGCCUUCUCCUCGGCCACCUACCAGGCAUUGAUUAUUGUCCGCUUGCUACGACGAGUAUAUAUCGGCGCGGCCACGGCAAAAAUGCAUAACCAUCACUGUAAAUAAUUUCUAUAGAAAAUAAUCAAUUACAAUCAAGUCGUUCAAGUAGUAAGUACUAUGUGCAAAAGAGACGGUGGACGAAAGCGAAAGAAAUAUGACCCGGUGAAGUUCGGUUCGCGAUGUGACCGUUAGAAGACGCUCCUACAAUUGAUCAAAUUCGUACGCGAACUCUAUUAAACAUACACACAUCACACUUUUUUUUUGAUUUUUUAACUCCCUGAAAAAGUUUAAUUAGACGAUGUGGGGGUCGUCGAAACGAAUCUCGGUGGGGAUGUCAAAGAAACGAGCAAUGCACGAGAAAGACAAAAGGUGCGGGUUUUGUUGUUUUUAAAGAUGGGCAUCUGAGGACACACUUACCUGGGGAUCUGCCGACGAUGGGGAACUCUUGUAGUAGUGGACAGGCCCAUAAGGACAAGGAUAACAUGUCGCAAAAGUCCGAAGAAUCGGAAGGUUAUCAUGUUCGUACAUCCCUUCCAUCGGAAAAACAACAAGUCCUGUUAAAUCACGUAACAACUCAUCCCGGGGUGAUUUUGGAGCCAUCCACAGCAGGUCACACACCCCUUCAAUCGAUGACGGGUGCAAUGGAUGUCCCUCCAACGGAUAAAAAAGCGAACAUGUCGAAAAUGUUAAAAACAGUGGCCACUUCGAGCAUCUCGGAUUCAAUGUCGUUGAGUUCUCCACCCGGAGCUCACAGUCCAAAGGAUUUUGAUAAAGUUAUAGCCGGAACCGUUCCGAGCGAAGUGGCCAAUUUAAGUGAGCAAUUACAAAAUUUGAUUAUGGGCAGGGUGGCGCAAUCGAAAACCGCCGCUCGGACUAGAAAAAUUGUUAUCUACGUUUGUGCUGCAGAUUCUCAAGAUUGCUGUGUGGAAAAAGGGGCUUUACACAACGUGGUUUAUCCGGAACUACGAGAACUGUGCAGGUCGAAGGGUUACGAGCUUCAUAUAGUGGAUUUACACUGGAAGACUUUGUUAGAGAAACAACAAGAUCAUGAAUUUCCCGAGUUGUGUAUAGGAGAAUUAGCACGUCAAAUGGAAAUUGCAUACAUCAUUCCGGUAUUAUUUCUUAACAAUUCUUUAGGAACUCCUUUGUUACCGAUAACGAUAGAAAGCGCCGAUUUUCAAAUGGCAAUGGAUAGCGCCGGCAGCCAAUCCGCCCAAACAUUACUUAGUAAAUGGUAUCAUCUCGAUAGCGCAGCACAACCACCGUGUUACAGACUUCAGCCGAUUUCAUCUCAUAUACCGGGAUUUAAAGAAACAUCCGAGGAUCAAGAGCGAGGGUUAGAAGAGUGGCGAAUAGAAAUCGAUAAAAUGCUGGAAGUUUUAGUUAACGUUUUUUCUCAAGAAUUAAGAGAUACUUAUCUUACAACGGUCGUUGAACAAGAAGUACAUAAUACCGUAUUUAUGAGUCAAGAAUUAGCCAAACGGUGCGUUUGGAUAAACAGGGUGUAUACUCCCGGUGAGAAAACCCCGGAAAAUCUAAGCCCUGGUGAAACUGAAUUGCACCGAAGGCUAAAUACUUUACAAAGAGACUUAAGAAAUCAAUUAGCUGAAAAGCACAUAGUACGCAUUCCAGUUAAGUUCGUUGAGGGUGGACUGAAUACGGAUAUUCCCGAACACGAACAGUAUAUUAGCCAGAUAAUUUAUCACCUUAAAAAGCACUUAACCGAAAUGGUUAAUGCUAUCAUUGAGGAACAUCAAUCGAAAACCGUACUUAAACCUUGUUACGGUAUUGAAGCUGCGUUAUUUGAAGAGUUAAAUCAGCAAACUGGAUUUUGUCAAAAAGCCGCACAAUGUAGUGUUAACAGGGAAAAAACCAUUGCUGAAAUUAAAAGCUAUAUUAAUGGAAGCAGCACAUCUCCUUUAGUAAUUUAUGGCCCAGAAGGUUGUGGAAAAUCAACUUUAAUGGCCAGAAUAGCUCAAUGUUUAACACAAUGGUUACCAGAAGCAUUUUUGAUAUUAAGAUUCAUUGGAAUCAGCGCACAAUCAAGCACAGUAGAACAAUUGCUUAGUUCAAUCACAAAUCAGUGUUCGAUAUUAACAUAUGGUCACAAGUGCUAUUGUUCACAUAAUAUUAAAUCUUAUCAAGAAUCUUUAUUAAACGCACUUACAACCAGUGGAAUUCAAAGACCAAUGGUAAUUAUUCUCGAUGGAAUCGACCAAGUAAAAUCUUUUAGUUCGAAAACGAUUGAAUGGUUACCAACAAAAUUACCUGAUAACGUUAAGUUAAUUUUAUCCAUUACGGAAGACUGCCAGAUUCAAAGCGAAAUUGUUAAAGUGGUUGACAGUGAAUCGUUUAUUAAAAUGCCUCUGCUGGGCGAGACUGAAGCAAAGGGUAUCCUUUUGUCCAGCGUUAUGCAGUACAACCAUAGCGUCAAUUCGAAAAUACAAGAUUGCGUUUUAACGUCCGUUCAGGAAUGCACUUUGCCUUUAUACUCGAAAGUUUUAGCGUGGCAAACUUCUUGGUGGGCCGAUAAGGAACACGAUAUUAUUCCGAAAGGAAACGUCAACAACCAAUUGGCUUUAAUGCUUGAAGAACUCGAAGCUAUUUUAGGUGUAAUACAAGUCCAACACGCGUUGGCUAUUAUUACGUGCACGAAACAUGGUAUUACUGAUAGUGAAAUGAUUGAUUUACUUGCUUUUGAUGAAAAUUUUCAUAGCAACACAACAUACGUGUCUUGGGCACCAGCUUGUUUAACUUGGUCUAGAUUAAAUAAACAUUUAGCACCGUUUUUACAAUGGACUUUAACUGGAGGGGUUCUUGGGGUCCAAUGGAGGGAUAACAUGGUUCUUCAAGCUGUUAGUUCAAGAUACAAAAAGCAUUCUUCUUGGGCAAAUCAAUUGCUACUCGAUUAUUAUACAGGGAAGUGGUAUAAAAAUCAACCACAAAAUUUAAUAGCUAGGAUAACAUCUCAAGACACAUUAUUAGGAAAAUGUUAUAAUAGAAGAAAACUAGAUGAAUUACCUUACCAUUAUUUUCAACUUCAUCAAAAUAAAUUUGAAGAAUCACCAUAUCUACUUGAUAUUUCUUGGAUAUACGAUAAAGUGUGCGGUUCGAAUUGUUAUCAAGUAUUGGAAGAUUUUUAUUUGAGCGAUGAGUUUACGAAAAACGAUGAGUUUGCUAAGUUAUUAAGAGAUUUUCUCGAAACGCACUCUGCGAUACUCAAUUACGAUGGUAGACAAUUUUACGGAUAUCUUUACAGUUACAUUACCGAAAAGAAAUUGGAAUUAAAUGCAGAUCUUGAUCCUAGAAUCUCCGAUGUGUGUCGAUUAUCAUAUAAUCCUCCAGUUUUAUCCUUAGUUCCUAUUAGUUGUAAUAAGCUUACCGAAGAAGCAUCUUCUGAUAAUGCAAAGUCCGUCUUCAAUGACAUUCAUUUUAAUGUAAUUACUAGAUUACCCAACACUGAUAAUUUUAUUGUUAGUAUAUCAUCGCAUAAUGAAGAAAUUGUAGUUUGGGAUGUUAAAAAACCUGAAAGAGUGCGAACACUCAAAGGAAUUAGCCAUCCAACAAAUUUAAUUCCAAUAGAUCAACAUAAAUGUGUAGUUUUAUGUAGAAGAGAACUGAGAAUAUACGAUCUCGAUUCGGGAACUUUUGUAACAAAAUUAAAAGGUGUUAUGAACCAAAAAAUGCCAUACUUUGGUUUGCAUGAUUCGAGCCAUCUGGUCGCUUUAAGCAGAAACAGAAUGUACGUGAAUCUUAUGAAUUUGGAUACUGGUGAUUGCGUUACCACUUUCAAGGCAGGCGAAGAUCGAUUCUUAAAUUCCCUGCUGGUUUCAGGGGAUGGAAGAAUCCUUGUUUGUGGUGAUGAAACCCAGAAACCUUUUCCACUACUUGUUUGGAAUCUUCAAUCAAAAAAAUUGCUCUACGACCUCAGAAUACCUCAUCACGAUUUCAUCACAUCACUUUCAGCAAUUACUUACGAAGGUCAUUAUGUUUGUUGUGUUUGUCACGAAAUUGACGAACCAAAUCCGAAUUUUAUCGUCGUUUACGAUUUACAAAGUGGAACGUUAUUCAAAAAAUGGAAACCAUCGGCAAAUACGGUUUCAUUAGAGAUUAGCUCUCCAGGAAGUUGUGUCAUCUCCGGAAUAGAAGAUGCUAGAAUUUUAGUAUGGGAUCUUAUUACCGGAAAUUGUCGAUGGUGUUUAAACGGACAUAUCGCACCAGUUAAUCUUUUAAGAUUAGAUCCAAGUGGUGCUCUUUGUUUAUCAACCGAUUCAGAGGGAAGAGAUCGAUCGAUAAGGAUAUGGGAUCUUAAUAAAGGAGAUUUAGUGGCUGUAUAUACUCCAAAAAGAAAUAUAACCGCUUGUGAAAUAACAACAAACGGUCAUUACAUCAUUUUGGCAUUAGAAGGUUCGGAAGAAUUGACAGCAUUAAAACUGAAAGGUUCCGGAGUGCAAGAAAUUGAUGCGGAAGAUGAGAUUUACGGUGAUAAAGAGAAUACCGGAAAAGUAUUCGAAUUAAAAGAAAGCGAUGUAUGCUGACGUGAAAAUUCUUAAAAAUGUCUCUCAAAAAACCACAUUGUACCUUUCUUUAUAAUCUCAUAAAUAUUGCUGAUUUAUUAAUGCUCCAUUUCAAAGACGCUUAGCGAUGACCAUGUUUUCCAUAAUACUAUAAGUGCUGGCCGCUUUUAGUAUUGGAACAUAUCGAUUCUGUUAAGUGUUUAAAUUUGUAUAUAACUCUAUUUUAAGGUUUUAAUAUUAAACGAAUAAGUUAAGAAAAUGAAAAUAUUCCUCGGUGUACAUUUUGAAAAAAAACAUGUAAUAACUUGUAAUUGAAAGCCUCUCUUCACUUAUAAUAAAAUUAUUAUCGUACUGGGAUAUAAAAAAUUUGGGGUAAAUUACAGUUUAAGAUUUAGAAUUUAAAAAAUAAAUCAUUUCUCAACUUCCAGAUAUAUAUCGGAAAUCAUUUGAAGACUAAAAAAAAUCUUAUGGAAACAUUUUAAAUAUAAAAAAUUAAAAACUAAACUGGAAUUUGUCCAAAAUUUCUCUUUGGUUACCUUUGAAUGUUACUAUUUUGUAUCGUUUGUAUGAGUCAUGUGAUAAUAUAACUUAUAUGCUACAGUAUAACUUAUGAAUCUCAACAUUAGUAGGAUUAUAAAACAAAUUAUGAGUGGUGUAAAAUGGUUGACCAGAACCUUCAAACUUUCUUAUAAAUAAUUUCUAAAUGGAACAACCAUUCACUAAAAUGAAAUGAUUUUUACAAAACAAUAUUUAACAAAUAAGAUUUUUACCUUAAUAUCUUAAAAAUCGAAUCAACCAUUUUUCCACGCUCUACACAAAUAAUAAAUAAAUGAUAUUUUCUAAAACUUCUAUGUACCACUAUCUACAUUAAACUUAAUACAUUAUAAAUUAUACAUAUGUACACACUACUUAAAAAAAACAAAUACUACCAAAAACAUAUAAAAUAAGAUUGUUGUAGUUGAAUACCGAGUAGAAAAAAAAAUAUAUUGAGAAUAAUAUCCGACCGCUUUUUUGUGAAAGAAAUGUACCAGAACAAGAAAUCCUUAAAUCCGUAUUUUAAAAAAAUGAUACAUGAACACUUGGUUAAUAAAGAAUUUAAAAAAUACAUAAGAAACCUUCGAUAUUGAGUGUUUUAACGUUUAAUCUUAUACAUACAUAUACAUAAAUAGUGUGAUAGAGUGCGUGUGGGUUUUUUGUGCGUUAAUAGAUCAGCACAAAAAUACAAAUAUAAAGCCAAUAUUAAAUAUUAAUUGAUUAAUUAUUAAGGGAAGUUUUAUUGUUAUGAAAUAUAUUCCCAUCUGGUAUGCGGAACAAUAUUACCUAAAGAAAAAUGAAUACAUAUUAUAUUUAUAUGUUGUGAAUCUUGUGUUAAAAUAAAUGUACCAAGAUAUAUUAAA